GUGAUCGUGGUGGGCGCGGGCAUAAUGGGCAGCUGCGCGGCGCACGCGGCGGCGGCCUGGGGCGCGAGCGUGCUCCUGCUCGAGCGCUUCGACCUGCUGCACCAGCGCGGCUCGUCGCACGGCGAGUCCCGUACCACCCGCCCCAUCUACACGCGGCCGCAGUACCCACCCAUGGUCCGCCUCGCGCACCGCCUCUGGGACGAUGCCCAGCGCGACGCCGGGUACGCCGUCCUCACGCCCACCCCGCACUUCAACCUGGGGCCACGGGACGAUCCGGCCUUCCUAGCCGCCGUCGCCAACGGCAGCGCCAUCGAGCUCGCGCCGUCGUCGGCGGAUGCACCGGCGUGGGCGGAAGCUUUCAGGGUGCCACAGGGGUGGGCGGUGGCCAGAAGCGAGCUGGGCCUGGGCCUGGGCGGUGUGAUAAAGGCGACCAAGGCGGUGGCCAUGUUCCAGGCGCUCGCCGCCAAGAUGGGGGCCGUUGUGAGGGACAGGGCGGAGGUGGUCGACGUCGCCAGGAAGCAAGGAGAAGGAGGUACGAUCGUGGUGAAGACAUCAAGCGGCGAGGAGUUCCACGGCGGCAAGUGCAUCAUCACGGUGGGCGCGUGGGCGACCAAGUUGUUGAAGUCCGUCACCGGCACCGACCUGCCGGUGCAGUCGGUGCACACCCUCGUCUGCUACUGGAAGGUCAAGCCCGGGCGCGAGCACGAGCUGACUGCAGAGGCCGGAUUCCCGACGUUCGGGAGCUACGGCGACCACGGCUUCUACGGCACGCCGUCGAUGGAGUACCCUGGCCUGAUCAAGAUCUCCAAGAGCGGCGGGCCGCCGUGCGACCCAGACGGCAGGGACUGGGCCAUCGGCACCGGCGCGGGGGGGAUGGCGGAGCUCGUGGCGCGGUGGAUCGACGAGGUGAUGCCGGGUCACGUGGACACCACCGGCGGGCCGGUGCUCUGCCAGCCGUGCAUGUGUUGCAUGACGCCCGACCAGGACUUCGUGCUUGACUUCUUGAACGGGAAGGAGUUCGGGAGGGACGUGGUGGUCGGCGCAGGGUUCUCCGGUCACGGUUUCAAGAUGGGCCCCGCCGUCGGGAAGAUCCUCGCCGAGAUGGCGUUGGACGGCGAGUCAGGGACGGCGGCAGAGGCCGGCGUGGAGCUCAGUCAUUUCAGGAUCGGACGGUUCGAGGGCAAUCCGAAGGGGAACGCCAAGAGUUUCUGA